CCACCAAGAUGGCUACGUUGACAAUGAGCCGUGCGCCUCUCGGGGGUUUCAGUUUCGAAAACUGUAAGAGAAAUGCCAUUUUGGAAGGUGAAACGAGCAAACUGGGAUUCAGCUUGCCUGCUGCUCGAAAAACGGGAACAACUAUCUGUGGUGUUGUCUUCAAGGAUGGUGUUGUUCUUGGAGCCGACACACGAGCCACAGAGGGCAUGAUCGUGGCAGACAAGAACUGCUCUAAGAUUCACUACAUCUCCCCCAACAUUUACUGCUGUGGGGCAGGAACAGCUGCAGACACAGAGAUGACCACUCAGAUCAUCUCCUCCAACCUGGAGCUGCACUCUCUGUCCACAGGCAGGCUGCCACGUGUGGCCACUGCCAACCGCAUGUUAAAACAAAUGCUCUUCAGGCUCUGGCUCCUUAGCUGCCAUGGCUGUGUUUGAAGAUCGCUACAAGCCAGACAUGGAGGAGGAGGAAGCCAAGGGGCUGGUGCGUGAUGCCAUCGCUGCAGGCAUCUUUAACGACCUGGGCUCUGGCAGCAACAUUGACCUGUGUGUCAUCACCAAGGGCAAUGUGGACUACAUCAGGCCUCACGAUGAGGCCAACAAGAAGGGAGUCAGAACGGGUGAUUACAAGUACAAAAGAGGAACUACCGCUGUGUUGACGAAGGCUGUAAGCCCACUGAACCUGGAGCUGGUGGAAGAGUCUGUCCAAACCAUGGACACCUCGUAACUUACUAACACAAUGUUUCUUAGUGCAAGUCGUUAUUACCCUUUUUGAAUUCCUGACAUUGUUUUUGCCCAUGGUUUACAAUAAAAGUUAUUGUAAAUUGAAGGUUCUGUUAAUUCUGUUGAAGUGUUACAAAUAAAAAGUGUUCUGAAAAGAA